AUGAGGGCCUGUGUCCCCCUGAUAGUGGCCAUGCUCUGUGGUCUGGCCUGGGCCGGCAAAAGGGAGUCAUGCGCAUCUCGCUGUAAUGAGAGAUUUGACCAGGAUGCUGUCUGCCAGUGUGACCGCCGGUGUCCCCGGCACGGGGACUGCUGUGAAGACUAUGAGCAGCUGUGUACAGCUGAAGAGAAUCCCAGAGAACCAGAGCCAUUCCUGGAGCUGGAGGAGGAGAUGGAGGGCGCCGAGCUGGAGGAGGAGACGGAGGGCGCCCCGGCUAGCAGCUUGUACUUGGCACCCAACUCCUGCCAGGGCCGCUGCCUGGAGGCCUUCGACAAGCACCACCCAUGCCACUGCAAUGCCCGCUGCCCAGAGUUUGGAAACUGCUGCGAGGAUUUUGAGAGCCUGUGUGGCCAUGAGGGCUUCUCCCACAGCAGUGACGCCAUAACCAAGGAAGAACUGCAGAGUGUCUCUGAGAAGAUCUACAGGGCAGACACCAACAAAGCCCGGAAGGAAGACAUCGUUCUUAACAGCCAAAACUGCAUCUCACCCUUGGAGACCAGAGACCAAGUGGACUGCUGCCCAGAGCCGCUCUUCACAUAUGUCAACGAGAAACUCUUCUCGAAGCCGACCUACGCCGCCUUCAUUAACCUCCUUAACAACUACCAGCGGGCCACGGGCCGCGGGGAGCACUUCACAGCCCAGGAGCUGGCUGAGCAGGACACCUUCCUCAGAGAGAUCAUGAAGACGGCCGUCAUGAAGGAACUCUACGGCUUCCUCCAGCAGCAGAACCGCUACAGCUCGGAACAGGAGUUCGUCAGUGACCUGAAGAACAUGUGGUUUGGGCUGUAUUCCAGAAGCAAAGAAGAGAGAGACUCAAGUGGCUUUGAGCACGUCUUCUCAGGUGAGGUCAAAAAAGGCAAGGUCACUGGCUUCCAUAACUGGAUCCGUUUCUACAUGCAGGAGAAGGAGGGCCUGGUGGACUAUUACAGUCACAUCUAUGACGGGCCUUGGGAUUCUUACCCUGACGUGCUGGCCAUGCAGUUCAACUGGGAUGGGUACUACAAGGAAGUGGGCUCGGCUUUCAUUGGCAGCAGCCCUGAGUUCGAGUUUGCACUCUACUCCCUGUGCUUCAUCGCCAGGCCAGGCAAAGUGUGCCAGCUGAGCCUGGGUGGACAUCCCUUGGCCAUUCAGACCUAUACCUGGAACAAGUCAACCUAUGGAAAUGGCAAGAAGUACAUUGCAACAGCCUAUAUUGUGUCCUCCACCCAUUAG